AUGUCUAUCUUUUCUGAUAAAGUGGAGGACUUCUUGAAAGUCUUCAAGAAUGACUUUUCUGUUGUCGAUGAUUCAUUCAGUUAUUGUCUUGACCAUCUAGGUCAAGUGUUGAAGAGGUGGGAGGACACCAACCUUGUUCUUAACUGGGAGAAGUGCCACUUUAUGGUGAAAGGAGGAAUUGUUCUUGGCCACAAAAUCUCUGAACAUGCAGUUGAGGUUGGUCAAGACAAGAUUUAUGUGAUUGCAAAGCUUCCUCCACCCAUCUUAGGCAAAGGGGAACAACUUACUUCUGCUUCUGUUAUUGUGUCACUAGAUUGGUCACUUCUAUUUGAGAUGCUAUGUGAUGCUAGCGGAUUUUCAAUUGGAUCAGUGCUUGGUCAAAUAUCGAAAGAAGUCAGAGAAUUGGUUGCAGAUCAUUUAUCGAGGCUUGAGGAAGCCGGUACAUCGAUAGAGGAAAUUGAGAUCAAUUCUGCAUUUCCAGAUAAAAGGCUUUUAGCAGUGUCAUGUGAUGUAAUGCCAUG